AUUAUUUUCGUUAGUUAUUCCAACAUAUUAAAUGUAUACAUAUUAAGACAACCACUAGUGAUAAAAGGUUAUAGUACAGGAGUUCCUCCCUUACCAGAACUUUAUAAUGAUUGCUACAAGAAAUUGGAUGAUGACGGUGGUGGCACCAUAUUAAUCUGUGGUCAUAGUUUUCAUUGGCAUUGCUAUGGAGCUGAUACGUUUUCCAAAAAUGAUGGAUUUGAAGAAGAACCACAAAAUUUAGAAGAAGAUACAGAAGAGCAUAAAAAUAUUCAAGAAAGAGAUAUAAAUUUACAAAAUGCAUUAGAGGAUAUAGAUAAAUU